UGAUUAUUGAAAUUCAGCAAUAUUAUUCUCAUAAACUCAAAUCUGCAUAUAUAAACAUAUUAAAUGGCCUUGGAAAAAAAAAUUGUUGUUGUUUUCCAUGCUACUCGAUGGUUGCCGUUCAUAUAGUAUGUAUGCGAAUGAAAAAAAAAUUACAUUCAAUUAUAAAUUGUCCUAUACUAUAGGACUCAAAUGAUGUGGCCAUUUCAAUGAUGCAUGUAAAAAAAAAAUAUUUACUUUGGUCUUGUUACAUUACAUUCAUGUUUAUUUGUGCGUAUCCAACCAUAAAAAAACCAACAAAUUGAUGCUUGUAAUAUCGUUACCCCCAGCAUAUAUGAUUUACCUGUUUAAUCAUUUGUUUGUUUUGAAAAUUUUUGUUCCAUGUCAAUUGAUUCAAUAAUGGUGGCUGUUUGACAAACAUUGAAGAAUAUAGUGUGAACAUACACGACCACAUUCUAUACAAUAAUAUGAUUCCUUCAUUCGAAUAUAUAUUUUCUGAUCGAUACAUUUGUUCCUUCUAUUUUUUUUCCUACGUUUCCAUAUAAUACUAUGGAAUCAUUCUUCUUCUGUAUGUAUUGAGAAACGAAAAAAAAACUCCAAUAUAAACAAGGAAUAAAAAGAAAAUUAUAUAACAACAUUCGAUAAUAGAGUGAAAGAAGGAAAAAAAGUAGCUUUGUAAUCAUAAUCAGCAUCUAUGACGACAAUGGGUUCCACAAAUUCGCCGUCAAACUUUUCAAUAAAUCAAUUUAGCUAUGAAAAAUCCGAGAAUACGUCACAGGAAACAACUAAUUCAUAUAAUCAAAUCAUUUACAAUCAACAUUCAUUCGACUCAUCUAACAAUCAACGCAUGGAAAUGAACUCAUUAGGAAUGAAAAAUUUAUCAAUGAAAUCGAUGGAAAUUCCUAAUUCAAAUCCUACCAGAGUGAGUCCAAACAUUGUUUCACCUGCCCUAGAAACAAUGUGUAACGAUUUUGAAGAUGUUGAAGAUAAUUCAACUACAGCGACAACAAAUUCGCCUAGUACAUCAUAUGGUCCUAAUAAUUCAUCAAAAAAUCCAAGUGAAUCUAAUUCACCAAAUUAUUCUGGAUUGAAUUCAUCUUUGGAUACAUUGAAAAAAGAAAUCAAUCAGGUUAAAGAAUCGAUUAUAUUUGCUGUUUCAAAAAUGAGUAUGUGCGAUGUACCAUUGCGACGUCAAGUAUUCGAAUCAAUGAUCAAUAAACAAGCCGAACAAUUGAGUACAGCUAAACGAAUGCCCGGUUAUAAAGAAUUUUUAGAAAUUGAAAAAUGUAAAACAUUAUAUCCAAUCGAAAAUGAGCGACUUGAAGAGUUGAAAAAAGCCUGUCUUUUGCUUCGAAAUCCAUAUGAACAGAUAGUAAAUACAAAUACACAUCAUUUAACAGAUGCUGUUCAAGUGACCGAAGCUGCCAUUCGUCGAUUAAUACAAAUGUCCAAUAAAUUGAGCUCAUUUAAUCGUCUAUCACAAAGUGAUAAGAUAGCUUUACUUAAAAGUUCUAUAAUUGAAAUGUUUUGCAUUCGUGCCACAACCAAUUUUAAUGUCGAGAAUAAUUUUUGGUAUUUCAUCGAUGACCAAAAUAAAGGCCUUUCAUUGGUUUCUAUGGAAGUGCUCACUGCUGCUCAGAUCAAUUUUCUAUCACAUAAAGAAUUUGCCAUAAAAUAUCAAUCAGAAUUCCGUAAUGAUAAUGUUAUUGCCGAUUUGCUAACAGCCAUAAUACUAUUCCGGCCAUCGAGAGCAACGAUAUCGGUGCCAGAUAUUGUCCAUGAAGAAUUUCUCAACUAUUGUUAUUUACUAAACCGUUAUCUUCAUGUUAAACAUGAUGGUGACUCAUGUGCAGCUAAAACAUCAUUCAUAACAUUGAUGCAUCGACUUGAAGAACUAUUCCAUUUAUCCGAAGAUAUUGUCCGUAUCUAUAUGGAUCUUAAUCCACAGAAUGCUGGACAAUUAUUUGUGGAACUUUUCGAUCUCUCAUAAACAUUUAUUCUCUAUUUUUUUUUUUUUUGUCAAACAUACAAACAACAAAACAAUCAUUUUAAAUUAUCCAUCCAAAUUCAUUCGUUCAUUUCAUGAAUAUAUCCAUUCAUUGUGCAAUAUCAUCAUUUCAUUCCAUAAUCAUUAUCAUCAUUAUUCAUAUAAUUGAACAAAAUAAAAACAUCAAUAUCAUUACAUCAGAAAACAAUCGUAAACAGAACAAAAAAAAAAUUUUAAACAAUACGAUAUACCUCAUAAAUAUCCAUAAUGUCAUAUAUAUUUUAAUAAUUUAUAACAAUACAAAACAGCAGCAACAACAUAAUCAUCAUCAUCAU